UCAGCCAUGGCUCCUAAAAAGAAAGGAGAGGGGAAGAAGAAGAAGAAGAAAACAGAUAUCCAAACAGCUACUAAAGCCAUCCAGGAAGUCCUAACAGAGACCCGGGAGUUCUACCACAUUCAAAUCCGGGACCUGGAGAAUCGGCUUGACAAGUACAAAAAUAAGUGGGAUGAAUUGUCCCGGCAAGAGAAGGCCUUCCAGGAUGAGUUUGACCAGCUGGCCCACAACAAGAAAGAGGUCGUUUCCUUCCUGAAACGAACUCUCAACCAGCGUGUGGAUGAGAUCGCUGACCUUAACUCUCAGCUGCAGGGGCUGCAGAUCUCUAAGGAGAUGGAGAAGGAUGCCUUUGAGGCCCAGCUGGCCCAGGUGCGCCAUGAGUUCCAGGAGACCAAAGACCAGCUCACCAUGGAGAAUAUCAUAUUAGGGGGUAAGCUGGCGGCCCUAGAGGAGUUCCAAUUCCAGAAAAGUGAUCUCCUGGCCAAAUUUUCCCUUUUGGAGGAGCAGCUGAAGAAGCAGCAAGAUGACUACAAAUCCUAUGUUUAUCACAUGGAAAGGAAGGCUGUGAUGGAUAAAGAAAGACUUCGGAAGGACAUAAUCCAUCGUAUAAACACAGUGGCAGCUGAGUUUCGCAAGGUUUCUAGCUCCCAGAUGGCAGAGACAACAAAGAGAGCUAUCCGGGAGAACAUGACUGUGGCCCUAGAUCUGGCCAAAAUAAACUCCGGAAAUUUGGAGCAGCUAAAGGAGAAUGAUGAGCUGAAAGAGUCUAAGGUGGAGUUGUGCAAACAGCUGGCCAUUCUGGAGAGAAAUGAGAAGACCAUGGUUAAAAACAGCCUCACUCACAUCAAGAUGAUCCAACUUCUUUCUGAAAAGUACCAGGAGCAGCAGCAUGCAGAAAUUGAAGCUGACCAGCUUCGGAUCAUAUUGAACCAGGCAGAGAUUGCUUUUCAGCAGAUGGAGGAAGACAACAAAGAGCUGAAGGACAGGAUAAAAACCUUGAGGAGGCAACUGAACAACCAGAAGACAGAGGGCAAGAGGCUAACCAAGGAGCUGGACAAGGAGAGGGGUAACCGACAAAGCCUGGAGAUUUUGCUGACCAGAGCAACUUGCCACCUCCGGGACCUUCUAAAGACAUGCCCUGAGAAAACUGAGGCUGGCGAGAUAGACCUGUUAUUCCACCUGGGGAGGAAGGAGAUGCUGCGGCAACUGUUGACUAUGUUGAAUGAGGCUGUGCUUGUGGGGCCCCGGAUCCCUGAGUUUGUGCCUCCCCCAGUUAAGACCCCCUCGAUCCAGUCCUUCUUGACAACUAUUGAAGAGAGUUCUCAGGAGCCUGAGCCCCCACCUCUGCUCCAGCAAUUGGCCGACAUUCAGCCUUACAGGCUUGGGGACCUGGGCCUGGUGCCUCGUCCACCCUCACCCACAGAGGAUGGCAAAGAUGCCAACACGUUCAGAAACAUUAGGCCUGUUAAGGCCUUCAGCAGUCCUGAGUUUCCAAGCCCUCGAAUUGUGAAAGGGGUCAAGCAGGUCAGCAUGCCAGCGUUCCACCUGUACCCCAAUUGGGGAGGACAACAGGAAUAGCUUCUCCCUUCCCCAUUCCCUGACCCUCGGCUCUAGCAAAGGGAAAAGUAGAAGAAGAAAUGCAUGAAGAAGAAAUGCAACUUGGACCUUGGUGGCCUCAUCUUUAUUUUCUGGGCAAGGGUGGGAGAGAAGGUAAAUGUUUUAUAAAGUAGUGAUCACACAGGACUGGAAGAGCAUCCAUGCUGGCAACCGAGCUCCUCCCCUGCCCUGCCCUUGAGCACUGUGCUAGAAUCCCCGGUGCCUGCCCUAUGAUAUGGUGCCAGCCAAGAACGCUCCAAGGCAAGGAGAUGCUCCCUGUGCCUAUAGGGUCCCAGGACUGCUUCAGGAGUCACCCCCGUGCCAACCCAUCCCAGAUGAGGCUGAGCCUACUGCUUCUUCUCAGGUCGAAGGGAUGGAAGAAAGUCCUCAGAAAGCUCCAGUGGGGUAGAGAGAGUUUGGAGGGACCUUCUAUUGAUGAAUGAGGAAACAGAACUCUUAGUGCUUCUGAGAAUGUCAGGCCAACCAGGAACCAUCGAGCCACACCAGAUGGAUCAAAGCAGGGACGGAGGCCCCUUUGUAGAAUAACUCCCCAUAAACUGGUUCUGGGCUAGGAGAGAUGCCCCUUCUUUCAGCCCCCUCCAAAACCUGACAUCCAGACUAAGGUGUCUCCAUGGAGGGCACUCACUAGGCCAAGGGGCAGCAUCUAGAAAUGUCAGGACAGGUAACACCACAUCUCUCUGGGAGAAUGAAGGAAAACAGACACCUGAGUUGAAACAAUUGCUGACUCAGCUGUGAUUUUUUUCAAAGCAAACCCAGAAAGGCCAAGUGUCAGAAUGCAGAGCAUAUAUAAAGAAGGGGGAGGGUAGGUGCCUCACUGUCCACUUCACCACCUCAGCUCCUUCUCUGGCAUUGCCCCACCAGCCAGUCAACAAGCAUGCAUCAAGUACCUCCUAUGUGCCAAACCCUGGGCAAGGGGCUGGGGAGUACAAGAAUGAAGCAGAGGGGCGGCUAGGUGGCACAGUGGAUAGAGCACUGGCCCUGGAGUCAGGAGUACCUGAGUUCAAAUCCUGUCUGAGACACUUGAUACUUAUUAGCUGUGUGACCCUGGGCAAGUCACUUAACCCCAAUUGCCUCACUAAAAAAAAAAAAAAAAGAAUGAAGCAGCCCCUCCUCAUAGGGAGCUUCCAUUCCAGUAGACGGUGCUGCCAAGAAACAACUGCACAUCUGGUGGUUUCUCCUCCCAACAUCGCCGUCAUGAGAUAAGGGGACAAAUGGUUAUCAGUCAUUUCACAGGUAGGGAGAGGGAGAUCCAGCCUGGGAGAGGCCUCGAGGCCAGCCAUGAAGGGCACAGAGGUAGAACUGCAGUAGGGGCACUGUCUCCCAGAGUGGGAGGUGGGGACCUUGGGGGUCUUGAAUUCUUCCUAAUAUAUUCCUUGGCUUCCUAGACAGUUUCUGCUAUGGAGUUGCUUGUCCAUCUUAUGAGGCAUCAUAAUGGAUGGAUGUCCUCGGUACUAGCUCAUACAUCUUGUCUUCUCAGAGAGACAGAAGGGGAGAGGCAGAGAAGAAUAAGGAAAACUCAGGUCGAGGUUUGCCCCUUCCCUCCACAUCCGAUCUCCCAUACUGAAAACACUGCACUCUAUGCCCCUUUGUCAGUGACCUUUCCCUGGGGGCUGGGGGACACAGUAACUAAAUGAAGUAGCUCCUUUUCCCCAGGUGGGACAAGGGAGUCUCUCAUCCCAAUCCCUGAUUUUGCAAUAGCCUAGGCCACGUCGUGCCCAUUUGGCAUUCAUUUAUUUUUUUGGUGAGGUGAUUGGGGUUAAGUGACUUGCCCAGGGUGACAUAGCUAGCAAGUGUCAAGUGUCUGAGGCCGGAUUCAAACUCAGGUCCUUCUGACUCCAGGGCUAGUGUUCUAUCUACUGUGCCACCUAGCUGCCCCCCCCAUUUGGCACUCAUGAGCUGUGGUGGGGUUUAAGGAACUGGACAUCUGGGCCUCCCUGAGGUGCACAGGAGCCCAAUGUGCACAGCUCUGUUGCUUCUUCCUCUGACAUCCCACUUGGGAGACUGUGGGAUACAAUGGAAAGAAUACUGGAUUUUGAGUCAAAGGAUCUGGGUUCAAAUCUUGACUCUGAUACUCACCUGUGUGACCUUGGGCAAGUUAUAUCACCUCUCUGAGAUUUAGUUUGCAUAUCUAUAAAAUUAGGGGAGUUGAAGUAGAUGACCACUGAGGGCCCUUCUAUCACUCCAUGAUGCUACUCAAUAUUCAGUUGCUAGGACAGCUGGCAACACACCAUGCAUCAUGCCCUUUGGCUGCCUAUAGUUGUCUGGGCUGUCCCUUCUAACCAAUGAUGAGACUCAGAAAACCCCAGGAAGAAACUGUCCACAAGGAAAUCCAGACCACAUGACUCCCCUAAAAGAAAUCAUCAUGAGUGCCUUAUGCUUAUACAGCCACCUCAGACUUUCCCAAGAGCUUUCACAUCCAUUGUCUCAUUUCAGUUCAAUGUCCAGAGGCAGCUAGGUGACCCAGUGGAUAGACUGUUGGACCUGGAGAUAGGAAGAUCAGAAU